AUGUGCCUUUUGUUUGCCCUUCAGACGGGGAGCUUCUUGGUGCGCGAUAGCGUGACCCAGCCGGGUUGUUGGGCCCUCUCGGUGCGGGUGCCGACCCAUGUCAAUUGUGCCGGCAUCACCCACUACCUCAUCCAACACUCUAAGCAUGGCGUCAAGCUCAAGGCUUUUGUAUGCACCAUUUUUUACUCCCAAUUUCAGGGUCUGGAUAAGGAAUGGCCCUCCCUAGAGGCAUUGAUAACCCAUUUGACAGUGAUGCCCGAGAUGCUGCCCUGUCCACUGCGUUUGCCACCUACAGCUCAUUCAGGAGGUGUCGGAAGUAAUCACCACCACCAGGCCUCGAAUCCCACCUUCACAGAGGAGGAGGACGAUGAGAGAGAUGGAGUAACAAGAACGGAGGGGAUAGGGGAAAAAGUUGAUGAGGAGUAUCAACGACUCUCAGACUUCUCUUCUAUGCUGGCUGACAUGAAACCUGCUUCAGUCGUGCCACACCUCUUCCGGUAA